AUGCAAUACGUCGGCAGAGCCAUAGGUUCGGUCUCCAAGACCUGGAACUCCAUCAAUCCCGCUACUCUCACCGGCGCGAUUGAUGUCAUUGUUAUAGAGCAAGAAAAUGGUGAUUUGGCAUGUUCCCCGUUCCACAUUCGCUUCGGCAAGUUUGCUCUGCUGCAACCGUCUCAGAAGAAGGUCGAGUUCGCAGUCAAUGGCUCGAAGGUCGACUUCGCCAUGAAGCUUGGCGACGGCGGCGAAGCCUUCUUUGUUUUCGAGACCGACGACGACGCCAUCCCCUCGGACCUUCUCACAUCCCCAGUCAUCUCUCCGUCUUCUUCAGCUCAGUCUUCUCCCUCGUCCGUCAACCUAUCUACGUCGAAUCUACAGGAACCGGAGUAUCUCGAUUUGUCCGGCGGCUCUCGGCCGACAACCACCAAAACACUUCCACCGCUGUCAACCGAAUCUGCCGCGUCUGUCGGCAGCGGCAGCGGCAAUAUUCCGCCGGUGACAUCUACGCCGACUAUGGAUAUGCGAGCCGACGAGGCGCUCGGUCGUGUGAUUCGAGAGCAGGGUUACGACGGCUCGAUCGCAGACGCGGCAGCCGCUACUUCAGGCGGACCGUCGUCCGCCCCGACUUCAAACGCGUCAACCACGCGGUCGCGGGCGCUGUCGACAGACAACUGGCCUUCGGUCGAGCUUUCACGUGCGCUUCUGAGCGCGGUGAAGUCAGACGACCCGGAGUCGUCGUCCGCGAUUCAUUUGAGCUCAAACUCGACGCCGCUGCUGCGGCCUCGAAGUCCGCCGCUGAGCCGGGACCAGGCGAUUCAGCGGGCGAAGGAGCUGAGCAGGAAGUUGAGCGUGAGCCGGAUUCCGACGACGGUGACGGACUCUGGCGAUCUUGUGCUUGAUAUGCGAGGGUAUCAGGCCGGCGAGGAGGAAACGGCGCGGGCGGAGUCUGUUGCGCGGAAGAUUUUGUCGGAGGAGUUGGCGAUCAAUACCGAGAUUGCGAAUCUGAUUGCACCGGACGAGCAUGGAAAUCUGUGGAUUUAUUCGAGCGAAGAGGCGCGGGAGAAGGCGGUGCAGGAAAGUGGUGCGAAUCGACAGCAUGGGUCGAUGGAGUUUGACUAUGAGCCAGACGAGUUGAUUGCGCCGUCUUCACCCAAGUCGGAUAUCGUGCCGGCUACUAUGUCGUCCUCGGCUGCGUCUACGCCUGCACUACCGCAGUUAUCGAGUCCGCCGUCGACGCCACCGUUAGAUCACGAUCCGAUGGACGGAGCGAAGGAGCAGAGAUAUGUGAAGACGCUGCGAUUAACGUCAGACCAGCUCAAGACGCUGAACCUGAACCCGGGCGCGAACUCGGUCUCGUUCAGUGUGAACGGCGGACGGGCGCUGUGCACUGCGCGCAUGUUUUACUGGCGGUAUGACGCGCAGGUCGUGAUUUCGGAUAUCGACGGCACGAUUACAAAGUCGGAUGCUCUUGGUCAUGUGCUGACGAUGCUCGGGCGCGACUGGACGCACGCUGGAGUGGCGAAGCUGUUUACGGAUAUCGCGAAUAACGGAUAUCAUCUGAUGUAUCUGACUUCACGCUCGGUCGGGCAGGCGGACUCAACCCGGCACUAUCUGAACGGGAUCGAGCAAGGGAUGUACAGGGUGCCCAACGGACCCGUGAUCCUAUCACCAGAUCGGACGAUCGCCGCGCUCCGGCGAGAAGUGAUUUAUCGCAAACCAGAGGUGUUUAAGAUGGCCUGUCUGCGAGACAUCCAGAGCCUGUUUGACCUGCGCGAAGGCACGCCGUUCUACGCGGGCUUUGGCAACCGGAUCACGGACGCGCUGUCGUACCGGUCGGUCGGAGUUCCGUCGUCGCGGAUCUUCACAAUUAACCCGAACGCGGACGUGCACAUGGAGCUGCUUGAGUUGGCGGGGUACAAGUCGAGCUACGUGCACAUGACCGACCUGGUGGAUCAUUUCUUCCCGCCUGUGUCUGCGCAGUUGGGCGACGAGCGGUUCACGGACGUGAAUUACUGGCGCGAGCCGGUGCCGGAGUUGUCGGACGAGGAUGAGGAGGAGGAGAAAGGGCGGGAGCCGAUUGGGCGGCUGGCGAAUCGGCUUCGGGCGACGGCGAUCGGGGUGGAGGCUGAAGAGGAGGAGGACGAUGAGGACGAUGAUGGCGAGUCGGACGAGGAGGAGGAUGAUAUCCUUGACGAGGAGGAGGGCGAGGAGCAAGAGUACGAUUACACCGAGAACGAGAAUAUGUACGGAGAAGAGGAGGAGGAGUAG